GAGUCACCGAGGAGAGGUCAAAAAGUGGAAGUUCACUACACUGGUAUGUAUAGCUUAAAAACGCUUCGGAUCUUCACAGCUGGGGCUUAAAGCCGAGUUUUACUUCUAAUUUUUACAGGAAGGCUAAAUAACGAAAACGGAAAAAAGUUCGAUUCGUCAAGGGACAAAGGCAGGACUUUUACAUUUACCCUUGGAAUGGGGGAAGUUAUCAAAGGUAAGCUUAUAUACAAGAUGUCGUGCAUUUCAAGGAGAAAUGAUAUCCUGGUCACCGUUACAGGGCGGGGUUUAAGGGGUCAUGCAUGAUUAAGGUUGUGCGAAGGCAAGUCUUCAGUUAACGUAUUCCAUGGUUCAGGGCCAUUCCAUUUUAUUUAAUAUCCAUUCCCGGGAGGGGGGAUCUCCCAUGAUGGGGAAGCUUGUUGUCUCGUUUAGGGGUGUAAAAUAAUUGUAGGUUUUGGUCUCCCUAAUGGUGUUUGGAAUGGAAAGUCACUAUAUCUACUCAUUCAGGUAUUGUUUAGGGCUGUGCAUAAAGAAAUUUUCAAAAAAUGCUCUGAUGUCUGUUUUUCUAUGGUUUCGUUAAGGGGUCAGUUUAAGUUUGAGCGACACCCACAUUGGUCUCCCUUUAAGGAUUUAAUUGUAAUUUUCUGAUGAGCAUUCCCAUCGCUUUUAUAUGAGAGUCUUCCUGGAUCCACACCUGGGGUAAUGGUGGAGGAGGGGACAGUAGAGGUGUGGAACUCCCUUACCGUUAAUGACCUAAUAAAUGCCCCGGGCAUCUAUUUAAUUUCUGGGAUCCAAGCAGGGGCAUUUAAUGGAUAGGAGGCAUUUAGAAGAGAGAGGCAUUUAUUCUUAUAACUAUAACAAGCUCAAAAAAACUAAUAUGGUUUUGGCAAAAAAAAUCAAGAGAGUUUAAAAAUAGCAGAAUAUCCACUCCAUCAACUGAUAUGUCCUGGCCAUCUAGUGAUCUAUAUUGCUCUUUCAAAUCGCUCAGGGUUAUUGGGUUGUCACCAUUAGUCUAUCCUUACUUUGAAUUUGGCAUUGAGCAAGAUGAAAUAUAUAAUGUCCCGUGUAAUGUCCCCUGGUAUUCUUAUUAGGGGACGUUAUAAUAACGUCCUCUGUUUUUCUUAGUAUAUAUAAAUGACCUAUAUGUAAUGCAUCAAAGGUCUUAGAGCUAAUACUGUUUGCUUGAUGACAGUAAUAUAUUUUCUAUUGCGUACUGAUGCUUCCUGUCUUAAGGGAGUUGUAAGUUUAGAAUUAAAAAAGAUAACAUGUUGGUUUUGUACAAAUAAGCUAUCUAUAAUGUUAAGAAAUCUAUAUAUAUCAUAUUCCGACCGAGACAUAACAGGCAAGCGCUUGAUCUAGCUUUAAUAAUGAUAAUAAUAAUAAUAAAUAAAUCACUAUAACUUAGCCCUCCUCCCCUUCAUAAGCUUCUUAAAGGUUGCAAUAUCCCCAGCUUCUCUGUAACAUGAUUCUAAUCAUUCCAAUCAUUUUAGCAAAAUUAAUUGAUGUCCAAUGGUCCCAUUUGCGCUUUGCAGCAGUCUUACAUAUGUUAACUUAGAUCUGGAAUUAUACCCAUGAAAAUCUUGAUGAAUGUCUUGGAUCAAACCUAUGUGGGAAAAGGUUGUUCCUACAAUAAUUAACAUUAUUAUUCCUCGAGCCUGAAUGGGCUCUGAAUCAAUAGCCCAUGAGGCCGCUAUUGACUCAGAGGCCAUGAGGGCGAGAGGAAUAAUAAUUGUUUUAGAAAAAAAAUCCAACUAGUUGGUCAAACAUAUCGUGACAAAACAACUUUAGCUAUAUGUUAAAACUAGACUUUAAUCCUUUUUUGCCACCAACAAGUCAGCACUUUUUGCUACUGGUAGGCUAUAACAUAUAGGCUAGUAGAAGCUCAACCAAUCAGAACGUAGCAUUGAUAAUAGACCACUAGUUGGAUUUUACUAAUAAAUGAAUAUUAAAUGAUGCAACUUCCUUUUAAUCUUGAGAUUUACCCAGGGAAGCCUCUCUAAGGCAACUCUUGCAGUUGAUCUAUAUUAGAGAGUCUAAUUAAAAUGAUAUGUGCAGCUUUGUUCUGUGAUACUUGUAAAUCUGACAUUACAGUCUCAUUACCCCAAUACCCAAUACCUAAUGUCAGCAUAGUCAAACAAGGGCAUUUAGUAUAAGAAUUAAAAAAUAAAAUCCUACAAUGAAUAAUUCAUUGUGGGAUUUUGGCAAAUAAUUCUUAAUAUGCUUUAGCAACCCUAGCUUUCUGUUGAUGGCCCUCCAUGUAUAAGCCCCUCCAAAUAUAAGCCCCCCAAACCGGUAACACAAAAAAACCUCCGUUAAAUCGCCCCUCCAAAUAUAAGCCCCCUGGGGGCUUGUUCUUGGAAAACUGCUGGCAAAUACAAAGUAAAACAAAGCUAAAAAUAAAAUGGUAAAUUUACUUCCAACUAUAAGGCUAGCCCAAUCAAUUUUGAAAUGCAAAAAUCCCUCCGUAGAUAAGCCCCUCGGAAGAUAAGCCCCUCCGAAUAUAAGCCCCUCCAAAAAUAAGCCCCUCAAAAAGGGCCUUUGAAAAAUAUAAGCCCCGGGGCUUAUUUUCAGAAUUUUACGGUAUAUAUAGUCAAUACAGUGUAUGUUCAUGCCAUGUUAAGUUCGUAUUGAUGACUACACCAAGAUGCUUGUUACUCUGUACUUCCUCCAAGGGGACAUAUUCAGUAGAAAACACCAGAGUUUAACCCAUUAGCUCCUGGAGAUUUAGACAAAAAAUGCAACUUGAAGCUAGUCAAGCAGUUCUCUGGGCACUGUUGGGCUAUAAAGGGCUAACACUUACCACAAAGCCGUUUACAGGUCGUACACUUCGCAGCCUUCUGAUCCAGAUGCAAAAUAUUAGCUUGCGAAGUUCGGGCAUGUGCAGAAAGCAAAAUUUCAAGAUAGUUGUUGGGUUAAAAAGUGACACAGCAGUCUUCUGGGCAUUGAGUAGGCUUCAUUUUGUGAGAAAAGGUUUUAGGAAAGCUUUUAGGAUCUUAGGAUUAGGUAGAUGAAAGGAAAGAUAGGUGGGUAGUGGAACAAGAUUUUCAUGGAAACUUUCAGGUCAAAUUACAUGUUUUUUUGCCUUUUUCUCUGGUGUCCUUGACUGAAUUGUGCUCAUUUUAUUAUGGUUUGAAAGAUCUCUUUACUCUGCACAAGUCAGCAGACAAAGUUGUCCUUGACCAUUAAAACUGAUGACGUCACAGGCAGUAGAAAGAACGUGGAUCCGCACGGGCGGUUACAGGCGGCUCAGGGGCAAAUGGGCUAAUAUUAGAAAUAUUUUAUUAUUUGAUUGAUCCUGUUACAGCAUGGAGCCCAAAAGUGUGACCGCUUUUGAUGUAUUCACAUUCUUUAGUACAGAUUUAAUCCAAUCAGAAGCCAGCGGGAAACUGUCCUCGACUUCUGAUUGGUUGAUGUCUGCAUGAAAGAAUGUGAGUUAAUAAGGAGGUCACACUUUUUGGGUCCUUGCUGUGGAAGCUACUUUUCUUGGUGUAAUUUUGGAUGAGCAUUUAACAUGGAAAUCACUUAUUAAUAAUGUUGCAAGGAAAGUGUCUAAAGCCAUAGGUAUAAUUUAUAAAUCAAGUUUUUGCCUUAAUAAUCAAUUCCUCCUUAUGGACACUUGAUUAUAGCCUUAUCUACCGGGACACUUAUUCUACUGCGUGAGUGUCUUGGUAUUGACCUAUCACAUCCUCUCAGUUCUACUUUCAAGAAGUUACAUAUAAAAGGGUAGUUAAGCAUUGGCAUUACUUUUGCAUUCUUCUCCUUGAGUCUCGUUGUCAUUUAUAAAGCAUUAACCCUUCAUUUUAAACGCUUUCCCGUAGGUCAGUUUCUUCGUAUGUUAACAAGUGAUGUUUCGUUCCUAAAUUCAAGACCACUAACAUUACUACCGUAGUUGGGCAGUUAAGUCUUGCCAUAUUAUAUCCCGCAAUUUUCCGUACAUUAGGCUUGUUUUUGGCUUAAAUACUUUUAUUUUUCAGCAAACCAUAUUAACAUUAUGUUUAUGAUGCUUUUUCACACAUUCAUUGUCCGCCUUUCUUUCUUUCUUUCUUUAACUAAAUCAGGGUUUACAAUUGAUUUUACAGCUCAUUUUAAUUCAUUUGGACCAUAAUAGGGAUUGUCCUUUCCACAUUUUUAACAUUUCUAAAGUAUCGUUGUGAUUUAACACUUCACUGGCCAACAUGUGCCUUGUCUGCGUGAAGAUAAGAUUGCGCAUAACAUGACCGGUGCCUACCUGUCAUUUAUUUCAGACCCAGACCUUACAUGUAUUCCCAUUUAAUUUGGCGGUCACUAAAAAAACCCUCCAACGAGCCUUUACAUUAAGUAAAAACUUAUUAUUUUAGUCUCUCAGAAAGUUGUAGUUUUCUUUAAUAAAGUCGUCAUUAUCAUAAAACCGCUAAUGAUAGCUCUACUCUUGAUGAUAAUUGCUUAUUUGGGGCAGUAAUGCUUUUUGGAAAACGGUGGAAGUUGCACUUCAAAAACUUCUUGGGGGGAGGGGGACUCCAUGACUGCGUGCGACUUUCCCGCCUACUAACAACAAAUACCCGGCAACUUGAAAUCUUAGUGACAACCCUGAUAAUAAAUACUGUUACAAACCAUACUUUUCUCUGAAGGGUAAAUAGUUCAAGCGAACCACCUUUACAUUUCAAAGGAGUAAAACUUUCAAAAAUAAGAAAUUUUGGGAAAAGUAUGCUGGAGUUGCUGCAAUUGAUUUUUAUGUAACCAUUUAGGCUAUCUGUGUCAGGGGGGAGGAUUGGCAAUGGCAUAUCACCAAAGGAUUUUACUAGACAGUAGAGAGACAUGCCACCUGGUUGAUGGAUGUUUGAAUGUAUGAAUUACAAAAAAAAAGUGAAUGUUAAACUCCAAAAAAGAAUAUAAAAUAUGUGAUGACCAGCAAUACAUGAGCAUAGCACAAAGACAGGGUCGGCCAGGGGGGGUAGUGUUAUACCAGUAUACCCGAAAAAAAUUCGCCAAAAUACCCAAAAUUCAUCCAAAUAUACCCAAAAUUAUACCCAGGUAUACUUUAUACCUGAAAUUCAAAGCAAGUGAGAUACCGAAUACCCGUAUUUAAGCUGCAAUAUACCGUAUACCCGAUUUAAAAAGCCCCUGCAUACCGUAUACCCAAAAACCCUGGCCGACCCUGCAAAGAAGAAAUAUUGAGUCCCCCUGAACAGAAUUCAAGCCUGUGGCCUCCCAAACUCAGGGUAACACUCAAUCCACUGUGUUGCUGAGAGACUCAUGCAGAGCAAGGCUGUAUACUAGGUUAAUAUUUGACAAAUGUCCACUGCAUACUGCUCAGAUCAGCAGUGUCCAGAGUGCAGUGUACUGUGAAAAAAAAAAGGAAGAUGGAAUUUAACCAUUUUUUUUUUUUCUUUUCUUUUCCAGGAUGGGACGAGGGUGUAGCACAGGUACAAAUAAUUAUGCGUUAAUAAUUGGUAAUUAUUUUCCCUGUCCUGUUUCAGACCUGAAAUUUUGUUCUCCAGAGAGGUAUGAUUAAAAAAAUUCCAGAAAUCACAAAUUUCAGACCUGAAUGAUUAAAAUUUAUGCCUUAUUUCAGACUUACUGGGGUCAAAAACCACACUCUUUGAUACUGCACCUACCUACUUAUUAGUUUCAGUGUUUUCCAGAACUACCGAUGAUCGACCAAAAUUGCCAUCCAGUAGUCAUGGAAGCACUGGCAACUCAUAGAAAACAAAUGCAAGUAGUAAUAAUAUUUCAUGAUUUUUGGAAAAUCACAAAAAUUAAUUUGAUGUUGCAAAUAUCAUGUGCAAAUAUUUGUGGGUGUGACAAUUAGUAGCCAUGCACAUAGGCUUAAAGUCCAUUUAUUCAUUUUGACCAUUGCCAUCAUCAAUCCUCUCUGCCUCAAGGUCUUUGAAUACUUUUUUCAUACAGUCUUUGAAAAUAAGGGGCUUCCUUUUUAUUGGGUUGAACUGAAGACUUUCCUUUCAAUGGCUUGUAUGUUCUGAUACAAACUAGUCUGGUUUACUUUCUUUGUCAAGUCAGUGUAAAGGUGUAAAUGUGACUUUUUAUGUAUUUAUAAAGGAAAUCAUGAAAAUUACGCGACUCAGUUUUUACAUAUUUAGCAAAAUUACAAAAUGAAAUUGUCACAAAAAUAUGACCAUCCCCACUUCAUGAAAUUAAAUUCUGAUGGGGUAGGCACAGAAGGGGGUAUCGUCCCUCUUCUGUCAGAGGAAUCUUGGCUUUUGGGGGACCUGCAAAGUGCAUGUCGAUGCAUUUCAGUGCAUCGUGCAACUAAGAAAAAUAUUAGCCAUGAAGAUUGCACCUUUAUUUUAAUACUUAUAUCAUAGGUUUGUUUUCAUCCAACAAAGUAUUGAGAAAUGACUACAUCAGAUUUAUCAUCAAAAAGAGGGAUUUUUUUAAAACUUUUUGGCUGUAAAAAAAUUGAGAUGUAUUUUUCUUAUAAACAUUUAAGACGUUAAAAAACAUGACAACGUUUCUACCUUCUUGGACAUCCUUACAUUAUCAAGUCAUAAGAAAAUAGCAUAUGAAUGUUCUAUAAAUACAAGAAAAAACGAUUAGUGAUUAAAAAGAAAAGUAACUUAUCAAAAUAUGUUACAAGUUAAACACAGAGUUUCACACUGAUGGAGUCACUCUGAGUAUUAAGACUGGGCCAAAGCUCCUUGAUGUAUACCAUUUUGUAAAUAAGGCCAUGAACCCUGCCCAUCACACUCACUGAAAUUCAUUGGGUGACAUGUCUCAAAGCAGUUAUGGAUGUGGUGUUUGGAGGAUAGGUGUAGAUUGUAAAAGAAUACUUAAUUGACAAGGAAGACACCUUCUGGAAGACCACUUACAGCAGUGGUUGAGAGGCACACACAGAACAAGAACUGUAAUGAAGGACUUGCCUGUGGGAAAAACACACAUACACGUAGCUAGGCUAUUCCAAUUUUGGGUUUCAACCUAGACUGCAUGAAAAAAGAGUCAAUUCUUUGAUUUGUUUCUUUCUUGUUUAGAUGAAAGUUGGUGAACGUGCCUUUCUAAUAUGUCCUCCUGAAUAUGGUUAUGGACCAAGUGGUGUUCGUGGUGUAUAUCCU